GUGCUUACAGAGGCGGGUUCGGCUUAAGUCCCCCUCUUUCCCCAAAUUUCCUCCUUAGUCCUCUAUUUUUUCGGGUUUUAGAUCUAAUGGCUUCUGCAGAGAUCGAGUACCGAUGCUUCGUCGGAGGGCUCGCUUGGGCCACCGACGACCAGUCCCUCGAGAGGGCUUUCAGUCAAUUUGGCGAGAUUCUUGAAUCGAAGAUCAUCAAUGAUCGUGAGACUGGGAGGUCCAGGGGCUUCGGAUUCGUUACGUUCAGUAGCGAGCAGUCGAUGAGGGACGCCAUCGAGGGGAUGAACGGCCAGAAUCUUGAUGGUCGUAACAUAACCGUAAACGAAGCUCAGUCCCGUGGAAGCGGCGGCGGAGGCGGCGGCGGUGGUGGCGGAGGCGGCUACCGAGGGGGUGGUGGUUACGGCGGAGGUGGUCGCCGUGAAGGUGGAUACAGCCGUGGCGGCGGCGGAGGUUACGGAGGCGGCGGCGGCGGUUAUGGCGGUGGUAGUCGCGACCGUGGUUACGGAGACGGUGGAUCUCGCUACUCUAGGAGUGGUGGUGCUUCGGAUGGCAACUGGAGGAACUAGAUUUAGAGUUUGGCGAUGGGUGUUUUAGUUUAAUGGUUCUGUUCUGAUGUUCUGGUUAUGUUUUUUUGCUGAUGUUUGGUUCUCUCUUUUUGAUCGCUGGGUUUGAUAUGAUUGUUAGGUUACUGCUUUAAAAAAAUCGCAAGUUCCAAAUUGAAAUGAAUGAUGAAAGAAAAAAUUGGAUUUUGGAA